CUAAGUUUAUAUCAAUUUUGAUGUCACUUGGAAAAUAGUUACAUCACCGGCACCCCAUUUCCUCCGCCAUUGACACCACCAUUUUCUCACCCGCAAACCGAACCUAAAGGAUAAAUCAAAAUCGAAGAUCACUUCAAAGAUUUCGAAUCCAAACGCUGAUUUCUCCAGCCCUAAUUUUUCCAGUUGGAGACCAGACACCCGGCGGUAUCCAGUGCAUCCUCUACCGUUCAUCCCUUACGGUGCAGAAUGCCUAAGUUUAUCACUCUCUAGGCAUAGAAGCAAUUCCUCUCACGGAGAUAACCUAACGUUAUUUAGUUCUAUACUGAACAUUUUCUGCGAAAAGUCUGAAAAAAUUUGGGGUUUCAUGGCGACAGCUUUACGAUCGAUUGCUCGUAGCUUGAGGAAGAAUAAUAUACAGCCGCUUAACAAUUCACGUUCAUUUUUGCACUCCCAUGCCACCAGUUUCGGUUUUAAGGAAGUUCGGGAAGAGGAAAAGAGCCAAAUGGUAGGUAACGUUUUCACAAGCGUGUCUUCAAGCUAUGAUCUUAUGAAUGAUGUGAUGAGUGGUGGUCUACAUAGAUUAUGGAAAGACAGGUUGGUUUCCAAGUUGAAUCCAUUUCCAGGAAUGAAGCAUCUUGAUGUGGCCGGUGGAACAGGGGAUGUUGCUUUCAGGAUAUUGGAAAAUAUAAAUAGUGUCAAAAAUAGGGCCAUGCUAGAUGUUCAUGAUGACAAUUUGCUGGAAGAAACCAAGAUAUAUAUAUGUGAUAUCAACCCGAAUAUGUUAAAUGUAGGGAAAAAGCGAGCUGAAGAGAGAGGUUUUGGAGAUAAUAAAUCUCUCAUUUGGCUGGAAGGAGAUGCAGAAGCCCUGAAGUUUGAAGAUGAUUCAAUGGAUGGUUACACAAUUGCUUUUGGAAUUAGGAAUGUCACACACAUAGAAAAAGCUCUAGCAGAAGCUUACAGAGUACUUAAACGGGGAGGACGAAUUCUCUGCCUUGAACUGAGCCAUGUGGAACUCCCAGUGUUUAAAGAGUUGUAUGAUUAUUACUCAUUCUCGGUCAUUCCGGCCUUGGGAGAGCUAGUUGCAGGCGAUCGAGAAUCUUAUCAAUAUUUGGUCGAGAGCAUUCGUCGUUUCCCUUCACAGGAGAAAUUUGCCUCAAUGAUUGCAGAAGCCAGGUUUCAAAAAGUUGAGUAUGAAAAUCUUGUUGGAGGUGUCGUUGCCAUCCAUUCUGGGGUGAAGUUUUAGGAUUAUACGCUAUCUUCUGUUCUUUCUUACCGCUUCUUUUUCUGUUUUCAUUUUUCCCUUUUGUUAGUUCAAGUUAGUUAUCAGGCAAAAAAUCUUUAUCUGGAACAAAAUAAACAGGGGUUCUGGAUGUCCCUUUUUGUAACUUGAAGAAAGUUGUUGGACUAAGUUAUUUCAAUAUGAGAAACAUUACUUAAAUGAUCUAUUGACUGUAUAUUUGGUA